CAUCCCCUCUCUCCUGCUCCUGCCUUCCCCCCGCUCCCUCCCUGCCGCCUGUCCCGGGCGCUCCUCGAGGAGCAGGACGCGCCCAGCCGCUGCUUCCUCCUCCCGCGUGGGGCUCCUGGGCACCGUCGCCCUGCUGCAGCUCGCCCGGCGGGAGGGGGAGCCAGGCUGCGGCAGUCCCCUGGGGGCUCCUCUCGGGCAGUUCGGCCUCCGGGGGCUUCGGCUUUGAGCGGCGCCCUUGGCUGCCAGCCCCCGGGGCCUGCCGCAGGUGAAUUCCUGCCUGGCGGCCCCGCUCUGCCCUCCCCUGCCAGCGUCGGCAGCAUCCGUCUCCCCUCCCUCCGCCUGAUGGAGAGAGAGAAUGGCGGAGCGAGAGAAAGGAGCCACGUCCCCGGCCGGAUCCUCUCCCUUCCUGGGGCUGCACCUCGCCUCGCCCCCCAAUUUCAGGCUCACCCAUGACAUCAGCCUUGAGGAAUUUGAGGAUGAAGAUCUCUCUGAAAUCACUGAUGAGUGUGGAAUCAGCCUGCAUUGUAAGGACAGCCUGGCUCCCCGGAGCCAUGUGAGCCUGCAGACCAAUAGCAGCCUGGGGGUGGGCAGCGGGGAGGCGAGCCGGCUCCAGGCAGAGAUGCUUCAGCUGGACCUGAUUGAUGCUGCCGGGGAGACCUCUGCCGAAGAGGAAACUGCCUCUGAGCCACUCAAGAAAGAGCCCCCGCCUGUAACCAUGGACACCUACAGACCCAAACGGCCUACAACUCUCAACCUCUUCCCACAGGUGCCUCGGACCCAGUGCAGUGUGGACGCACCCCAAGCGAGGGUGGGGGCAAGAGAUUGUCAGGACACUCUGAAUAACAACUCUCUAGGGAAAAAGCACAGUUGGCAGGAGCGGGUGUCCCGGUCGUCAUCCCCCCUGAAAACUGGUGAACAGACCCCUCCCCAUGACCACAUUUGCCUAAGUGAUGAGGUCAAUCACCAAAACAGCACAACCUCCACCAAAGACCGGGGCACGUCCACGGAGAGCCCGUGCCGGCGCACAGCUGCCACGCAAAUUGCUCCCGCCUGUGUGGUCUCCUCCCGGGUGCCUGAGAAGAACCAGGCUGCUGGCCGGCUCCCACCCCACAACCCCAGUGUGGUGGUGGUGACAAGGGGGCCGGAGGCCCACCGGGACCGCAUCCGCUACCAGACGGACGUGAGGCUAGAGGCCACUGAGGAGAUCUACCUGACACCUGUGCAGAAGAACUCAGAUCCACUGGAGCCGGAAAAGCCCUUCCUGUCACAGUCCAGCGAGAACCGCAUGUCCAUCAGUUCUGACAUUGACACCUCCAGCUACCCCUCCCUCACAGGGAAGCCCAACCCCUCCAUCAGUGAAGAGGACGAGGUGCUGGACUACAUGUCCUCGCCCGACAAGAUGAGCCUGCCCAGGACCUCAUGCAGCAGCAGCAGCAAUGGUGGCUACCGGCAUGGGCACAACCUUCAGAGGGCGUCGGUGAGCUCAGACACCAGUGCCCUCUCCUAUGACUCGGUCAAGUACACACUGGUGGUGGAUGAGAACGUGCAGCUGGAGCUGGUCAGCCUGAAGCAGUGCUACUCGGGCUACAGUGACGAGAGCGACUCAGCGACCGUCUACGACAACUGCGUCUCCUCGCCCUAUGAGUCGGCCAUCGGCGAGGAGUAUGAGGAGGACGCGCUAAAGCGUGAUUCAGUCUGCCUGUCUGAGGACUCCACCCCUGAGGCUGACAUCCACUUCUCCAAGAAGUUCCUCAACGUCUUCAUGAGUGGCCGGUCACGUUCUUCUAGUGCGGAAUCCUUUGGGCUGUUCUCAUGUAUGAUCAAUGGGGAGGAGCAGGAGCAGACUCACCGUGCUGUCUUUAGGUUUGUGCCUCGUCACGUGGAUGAACUAGAGCUGGAGGUGGACGACCCUCUGCUGGUGGAGGUGCAGGCAGAAGAUUAUUGGUAUGAGGCCUACAACAUGAGAACAGGCGACCGGGGCAUCUUCCCUGCUUACUAUGCCAUCGAGGUCACCAAGGAUCCUGACCAUGUCACAGCUCUGACCAAGAAUGGUGACUGGAUGGAUCAGUUCCGGGUGAAGUUCCUUGGCUCAGUCCAGGUCCCGUAUCACAAAGGCAAUGACGUGCUGUGUGCGGCUAUGCAGAAGAUCGCCACCACUCGCCGCCUCACUGUGCACUUUAACCCACCCUCCAGCUGCAUCCUGGAGAUCAAUGUAAGAGGUGUCAAGAUUGCUGUGAAAUCUGAUGACUCCAAGGAGCAAAAGGGAAAUAAAUGUAGUCACUUUUUCCAGCUCAAGAACAUUUCCUUCUGUGGGUACCAUCCAAAGAACAACAAAUAUUUUGGGUUUAUCACCAAGCACCCAGCUGACCACAGAUUCGCCUGUCAUGUCUUCGUCUCAGAGGAGUCCACCAAGCCACUUGCAGAGUCUGUAGGGAGGGCUUUCCAGCAGUUCUACAAGGAGUAUGUGGAGUACACAUGCCCCACAGAGGACAUCUACCUGGAGUAGGGGCCGGGCCAGGCACCCUUCUGUACAGACAGGACCAGCGAACUUGCCCAUUCCCCAUCAUGCAUGGACAAGCUGCUUUGACACUGGAGGAGGAACGGAGCAGGGGAUGGCUUCCUUAGUGCAUGGAGCACUGCCUCUUUUCAGGACUCCCCUUCCUCGGGCCGGGGGUUGGGGGGGAUGGGAGGGGGGGGGCUGAGAAUGGGGUUUAUUGUAAAAUUCUCCUUUAGUUUACUAUAUUGAAGAAGCACC